AUGGCACGCGAAGUGAAGAAAGCUUUGAAUCGCCCUCCGACGCGUAAGCUGGUGCGAUGGAAUGAUGAUCUUGACGAGCUCCUUCUCCUCACCAUCCAGUCCGUCUGCAACAAGGAAGGUGUGAGGCUUCCUUGGGCAGAGGUUGCCAAGUCUAUGGGCAAUAAUGUCACUGACGGAGCAAUCAUCCAACACCUUGCCAAGUUGCGUAUCCGUCGCGUCGAGAAGAAUAAACAGGUCCCUCCUCCUUUGCGUCGUGGUGGCGGUUAUUUUGGUGCUUCUAAGACAUCGGAAGCUCCUGUGACGCCUCUGUCUCCAAAGGAAAAACCAGAAGCCGUGAUGGAGCGUCGGGCAAACCGGCGCAGUCAGACUAAGAUCAAGGUCGAGAAGGGUGCUGCUAGAAAGAUCACAGAUAUAUCUUCAGAUAGUGAUGAAGAAUGGACGUCCGAUACUCCAAAGACCAAGAAGUCUAAGCAGCGUCGCCCUCAGAAGAAACGAAAAAUUACUUCAGUGGAGCCCGAGCGUCUAGAGCCUCCAGUAGAUGACGUUGCCAGUGAUGAUGAUGCCACAGUUGAGGUUACCGAAGCUUCCCAGCGAAGUGAUGAGCUGGUGGCUGUUGGCGCUGACUUUCUUGACUUUCUCGGCAAAAACAAAGCACAAGAGGAAGACCGUGCAGCUACUCCUAGCGAGGAUGAAUAUCAACCAGAUACCAAUAAGUCGUUGAUCGUUACACUCAAACCCGGCACCAACAACAUGCGUCGACUGAAAUACAAGGGCACUGGUGUAUUUCAAGACCGAGACCCUGAGCAGCGCUGGGAGAUGCCUGCACCUGGUCCAAACGGCGAAUUCUGGGGCUUCAGUAGGGACUAUUAUGGGCCAAUUCCCCAGUCCGCUCAACACUCCCACAAUCCCGGUCUCCUCCGCGGAGAGUGGCCACGUGAAGUCGCCUUGAGACAGUAUGAAGCACCUCAAGCAGUGACAUGGUCAAACGAGACUUAUCAUCCAGAUCCGAGACUUGUGCAUCCAGCAGUAUUUCUAGAGGACCCGAACUGCGAGCCUCAGUUGAAGUUCCAUCGCAAGCUACGCACCACAGAGGAGAGCAAUCCUGGGGCUCGAGUUUUCGACCAAGGAGGUCCAGCGUAUCAAUCGUACGCCAACACGCAUCGAGAGCUUCCAACAUACCGCGACUCGAGCUGGACCACAACGCCAACGCAUUCGUAUAGGCAUCUUUCUCUGCGUGAUUCAGGUUACAGCAGCGACUUUGAUACCGUUCGCCCAAAGACUGAAGAAAAACCGGAUACUCAUCAGCUGUUGGACACGAAACACACUGGAACAAACGAUGCCCUUGUGGAUCGUCUUGAGGAGCUGCCGCCUGUGAACAAGAACUACCUUGAUAACCCAACGGAGCAGCUGGCAGACAAUGAGCAAGACAGUGGAGUCGAGCCUUCAGCAUUUGACGCGGCCUUCGAAAGCUUUUUGGAGCCUAUCCAUGUUGACGAUAUAUCCGACUUAUUUUGA